CUCUUGUCAGGAUUCUACUGGUUCACUUGAAACGGGUAGUGGGACUUUGCUCCAGUCAUGGUUCGGGCUUCUUGGCCCGUGUUUGUGCUGCUGCUGUUGGUGGCAGUUGCUGUGGUCUGGGCCAACUCUGGAGACAAACUGGUAAGGAAAAAAAGAGUAUGGCUUCCCCCACCAAAGAUACUGCUGGAGAAUAAAGACUACACUCAAGAGGAGUCUGUUGCCAAGAUUCACUCAGACUUUGACGAUGGCACAGGGAAUAUUCGCUACUCCUUGGAAGGUGUUGGUGCAAACCAAUAUCCCUUCCAUGUGUUUGUCGUUGACCCUAAAACUGGGCUAAUUCGUGUGACCCAAAGGCUUGACAGGGAGGUCAUUGAUUCAUAUAAUCUGUCAGGUGUUGCAACGUUCACUGAUGGCAGGCAGGCAGAGAGAAACAUUGCCAUACGAUUCAAGGUUGGAGACGAGAAUGACAACUCUCCAGUUUUUGGAGCCAUCCAGCAGGGGGCGGUGAAUGAACUCAGUGCUGCAGGGACCUCAGUUAUGAAAAUCACUGCAACUGAUGCUGAUGAACCAGGGCAUGAGAACUCUCAGAUCGCCUACAGCAUCAUAGAUCAGAAUCCAGCCCAAGACAUGUUCUACAUUGAAUCUGAUGGGACCAUCUAUGUGAAAAAUACUUUAGACAGAGAGACAGCAGAUCUCUACACUCUUACAGUGAAAGGACAAGACCUCAAUGGCAAACCAGGCGGAAACAGUGAAACCAGCACUGUUACCAUUAAGAUCCAAGACGUGAACGAUAACCUUCCCACUCUGGAAAAAGACAAGUAUGAGGCCAGUAUUGAGGAGAACACUGAGGGUGUGGAGGUGAUGAGACUCAAAGCACAAGACCUGGACCUAAAGGGCACAGAAAACUGGGAAGCUGUGUUUGAGAUUCUCAAAGGCAACGAGGCUGGGUACUUCAGCAUUAGAACCGACCCUGUCACCAACGAGGGUAUCCUAAUGCUUGACAAGGCUAUAGAUUAUGAGGAUGUGAAAGACCUUGAACUGGGACUAUCUGUGAGAAACAAGGCUGAACUAAUUGGAUCUGGGGCAAGUGGUGGAGCUGGUAUAAGCUUUGGAGGGGGAGGGGGAGGGGGGGCCGGUGGUGGAGGUGGAGGUGGAGGAGGUGGAGGUGGAGGAGGUAGCGGAGGUGGAGGUGGAGGAGGAGCUGGACCUGGGGGGGCAACUGGUGCAACUGGUGCCAAUGCAGGAGGUGGAUCUGGAGGAUCAUCAUGGCAAAGUGGGACAUUUAAAACCUAUCCGAUCAAAAUCAAUGUGAAGAACCAGCCUGAGGGGCCACGUUUUGACCCCGAAACCAAAGCUAUUCCCAUCUCAGAGGGAGGCCACACCAUCAACAUUAAUGAUGUUAUUGCCCGCUACCCUGCAAUAGAUGGAGACACUGGGAAACCAGCUGAGAAUGUCAGGUAUGUGAAGGGUUCAGAUCCUGACAACUGGCUAACAAUCGACCCAGAGACAGCUGAGAUCAAAUUGAACAAGAUGCCUGAUAGAGAAUCACCGUACAUUGUCAAUGGAUCAUACUCUGCUCAAGUACUCUGCAUUUCAGAAGACAUGCCCGGUAAAACAUCCACUGGCACCAUAGCCAUCCAGGUGGAGGAUUUUAAUGACCACUGCCCCACCCUGACCAGUGAUAUCCAGACUAUGUGUACCACAGAUGAUAACGUUAUUGUGAACGCCAAAGAUGAGGAUGGAUUCCCCAAUGGACCUCCUUUUGACUUUGCCAUUGUCCCAGAAGGCACUAUGGGCAAGUGGAAGGUGGAGCAUCUCAAUGACACUGCAGCUAUCCUGAGGGCCCAGGAGUCCAUGUGGCCUGGUUUCUAUGAAGUGGAAUUUUUAGUGAAGGAUGAGCAGGGACACGUCUGUCCAGAACCACAGAAAGUGACAGUCCAAGUUUGUACCUGUGAGGAUGGAGUGGUGUGUGGAAAACGAGGUGCCAAUGGUCAGUCCAGCAAAGGAGCAGAGUUAGGGCCUGCAGGCAUUGGACUGCUAUUCCUGGGGCUGCUGCUGUUAGCACUCAUUCCUCUGUUGCUGCUCUUCUGCCAAUGUGGGGGGGCUGCGGGUCUGCCAGGGGGCUUUACUGAGAUGCCUUUCGACACCAAAUCACACCUCAUUAACUACCGCACUGAGGGCCAGGGAGAGAACACGGAGGUGCCACUGCUGAACUUGCCAACACAAAUAGAUGGAGAUUUGAUCAAAGUGGAUACAGGCAUGGGUACCAAAACUGCAGCAAUGGAACAGUCAGUCACUUCCAUGGAUGGGAUGAACGGGGCCGGUUUUGCAGUUGACCACAGACAAUGGGAGGGGGUGAACCAGAUGAGCGGCAGUGGCUUCUACUCUGAGUUUGAGGGCAGAGAAUCAGGAGGAGGUGGAGGAAUUUAUGAUGGCAUGGCUCUGUCGGACCACUUCCUGGGACAGUACUACAGUCAGAAGGUGACCAGUGGCAAUGAGAACCUUGGAGUGAAGGACAGUCUUUUGGUUUAUGACUACGAGGGCCAGGGUUCCUCUGCGGGCUCAGUGGGCUGCUGCAGUCUCCUGGAGUCUGACAAUGACCUGCAGUUCCUCAAUGACCUCGGACCAAAGUUUAAGACCUUGGCUGAGGUGUGCGGAGGCAAGACGAUCCAAACUGAAGUCAAACCAGUGUUCUCCGCUCCGCCCAGUACCACCAUCAACACUCCGACCUCAGUGUCAAGUUUGAUAACCGUCCCACAGCUGCCCCCUUCACCCAAGUUGCAGCCAACUGUCUCAAAAACGGAGCAGACUGUGGUCAGGGAGACAUCUGAGCGUUCUCAGAUGGUGAAGGAAAGUAUGACCCCAAUGAGAGGAGGGAAAGCAAAUCAAGGCCAGAUGCUCCUGCUACAGCAGCAGCAGCCUGUGUACUACACCUCCACCCCUCUGCUGCAACCAAUGCAAUAUGUAGUCCAGCCACAGGUUCAGAACACCAUGCUGUUGGCUGAGGCACCGGCCACCAACCUGCAGGGCAUGGUACUUGUUAACGGCACCCAUACUAGACCUGCCCAAGGCAUGGUCAUUCAGGGUCAGACAGUGAUGUCUGGUGGACAAUCCCAAGGCCCCAGCAUGGUACUGGUGGAGAGGAGCGGGAUCCAGGGGGACAGUACCAAUCUGAUCCACACUGGCUCCCAGCCCAUGAUGGUCGUGGAGGGCAAGGUACCCGUUGGGUCAAUGAAUCUGCUGAAAGGGAGUCAGACCUGCCUCGUGCAGGGAGGUACCCUACAGCAAGGAGGGCUUUCAGGUUCUCAGAGAGUUCUGGUGGUUGGAGGGCCAACAAGCAGUGGAGGGCAGCUGGUCCAGGAAGCACAAGGUCUGUCCAAGAUGAGUGAUAUUUCAGGUUCUCAGAGAGUUCUGGUGGUUGGAGGGCCAACAAGCAGUGGAGGGCAGCUGGUCCAGGAAGCACAAGGUCUGUCCAAGAUGAGUGAUAUUUCAGGUUCUCAGAGAAUACUCUACAGAAAGGGCAGCACAUCCACUGGCUUUCAGGGCAGUGUGGUGGGUUCCUCUACCGCCACAGUGAGCACAACCCCCACCUACCACAAGGUGGUGCAAGAGACCAGAGAAAUUCAGUGAAGUGUCAUGUCAAACUUCUGGCAAGGCAGUCUCUCAAGUAUUUUUAUGUGUGAUUCUCUGAAGGUGUGGCUACAGCAGUUCGACUAGCAACAUGUACCUGCAUGUUCAUACUUCUUCUGUUUGACACUAAGACACUUAUACAUCCUCUUUUACAGCACUGUUUGAAGACAAGUGAACCCGUUUUUUUUAAAUCACACAUCAUUGAGAUAUAUUUAUAUUCACAGUUUUCUGGAAAAAUAUUUUUUGCAACCUAAACUUUGGAUCUAAACACAAUAUAGUCAAAUGUUGUCUAAUCAGGGUAUUUAUGACUUUCUUGGGAUGUUUUCAAUGAACAGUAAUGGUUAAAAUGUGUCACUGAUGGGAUGUUUCUUAUAGCUUGUUUCAUUCAUAUUCUGUAAAUUCUGUAGGGCUGAACAGAUUUCUCCUCAUUACAAACCUGACCAGCUGUUUUCCAGAUUACUGAAUUAUAAUUUAAAUGUUCAUAUAAUGGCCAGGGAGUAAACCUCCACCACAUCAUGGUGGGGAAAAUACUGUUUGACAUAUCCACAUAUUACAGGACAACAGCACCUAAACGAACAAAAAGACAAUCAAGAAACAACCAAGAAAACAGAUCACCAAGUACUGCCAGGUUAAGAAAACCACUGCAGUGUGUUUUCAUGAGUGUAGUAAACUGUUCCACUGUCAACAGUUAACCAUAAUUUAUUACAGUUCCAGAGAGGGAGGUGUUUGUCUCCCUGCCAAGCUCAUGAUAUUUACAAUAAUUCUGUAAUAGUAGUAUAACUUCUAAGCAAUUAGAUUUAAACAUCCACUUGUGCUCAUUUACAUUUUAGUUUCUUGUGACCAAGCUUGAUCUAAACAUUCUUUACUCCACUACUACUUUUCUUCUCAUGUUUAUAAGAGUUGAAUCAAUUGCAGUAAAUAUUUCAUGCUUAACAAAAUGUUUUUGUAGUCAGUGUCACAGUGUCAUGAGUCAUGUCUUUUGGUCAAAAAUUUUAAAUGGCAAAUGUAACAUUUAAACCAGUUGAGCAAUUCAACCCUUUUCUGACAUUAAAACAGACAAAAUGUUCCAUCAUUUCUUCUUCUACACUUUUUUAUAUUGUGUGUAGGCUACAUGUUCAUGGUUAUAAAGGGUAUAAUGGGGGUUUGAUUUAUUACUGUGCAGUUGCUUAUGUGUUUCACAUUAUGUCAUAAUAUGUCUAUAUGUCUAUCUAUUUCACACUUACUUUCUUCAAUAAGUCUUUUGUAUAACAAUUCGUAUCAGUGUUUUGUUAAAAAUUAAUUUUAACAUGUUACUGCUGAUGUUCACCAUUGUGCCAGAAAGAAUCAAUUAUCCACUCUCUCUGGAUAUUGAAUAUGUCACCUGGUUUUAUCUAUCAACUUUUGUUAUUUUAUAUUACUAUGAUACUUUUCACAGUAUUUUGUUGUCCCUGUGUUUUAUGAUAACAUUGUUGUUACUUCUGUGUUUAUGCUGGUUUAUUAUUAUUAUAAUCAUUAUAUUAUAAUAAUCAUAAUAACAAUAAUAUUAGUCAUCUUUGAGAUUAGUCAGCUCAGAUUUGGGCCAUUGAACUGGGCCGAUAUUGGAAGAAAACCAGCAUGUGACUCAAGUAUGGGCUGCAUUUACUUUGUUAUCUGGGGAUGAGGUGGGUCUAUAGAGCUGCUGUGCAACUAAAAAUUAAAAUUACAUUGAAAUAAAUGAAAGUGAGCUUUGAAUUGAA